AUGGCCGAGACGCUACAGGGCGCCGUUCCCGCCGCCACCCUCGAGGACCAGACUCUUCUGGCUUUCGCUCGUUUAAUGGAAGGCGGGCAGGAAGACGAAGAAACCUGCAGAGAACUCGACGAGCUCACAAAGCUUCUGAACAACGACGCCGAAGCUCAACAGCGGGACAAGGGCCACAAGACGAUAUGCAGCGUCAUCGACGGCGAUUGCGUCGACACAGUCUUGUGCUAUCUGGAUAUGCGGCAACCCGACACUGUUCGUGGCCAUGCAACUCUAACCACCUCCGCAUACCUGAAAGCCGCCGGGGAUGAAGGGUCCAAGGAUCUAUCCGCCUUCUUCUUCGAACGCGUCCAGAGAGGAACCUACGACGACUACAUUGUAGCCUUUUGCGUCGCAUCGGCAACGUUUCCCAUUGUCCCGGACCUCACUUCGCAGCUAUUUCUAAGCGAGGGAUUUCUCAGCUCCCUCGGCCCUCUGAUGAGAAGGGAGUGGAAGAGCCGAAAAGUUGAAACCGCAUGCCUCGAGAUGUUGAACGCCGCAUGCAUGAUUGCUGUCUGCCGAGAAGCUGUGCAGAAGUACUGUGUCGAAUGGCUGGAGGAGGUGGUCGAUCAGGAUCCCACCGGGGCAACCGCAGGGUCUGACCGAGAGCCUAAAGUGCAAGGCGAAGGAGGAUCCAUAUCUAUGAGAAGGCACUCUGAGCAAGUCCAGCACUUGGCAGCCGUAAUCCUGGCCAAGUUGAAGGUAGUUCCUUCUAAACCAUCCAUAAACGACACCAACCAGUCCAGAGUUGAGCCGGCCAGUGCGAGCAUGGAAGACUUGUCCGGACUGUUUACUCGAAUGAUUCUGAGGCCAGACGACCACGACAAGCAGCAUUCCAUAGAAGGUCUCGCUUACGCCUCACUUCAACCAAAAAUCAAGGAAGCCAUCAACGAAAACUCCGCUUUGCUCAAGAAACUGGUCAAGACUCUCGCCGAUGCGCAACCACGAUCACCUUUAACCUACGGUACUCUUAGUAUUUUUGUCAAUCUGACCAGAUACAGACCAACCCUUUCAGAAGAAGAGAAGAAAAUGAACCAGCUGAAAGCGUACGCGGAUGCAGCAGGAAAGUUGGCUGGGCCAGAUCCGCUCGAUGACGAUGAUCACGUCGCCAAGCGUUGUCAGUUCGUCUUCAAUGCCGGUAUUAUCCCAGCCCUAGUCGCCCAUGGCAGAAAUGGAUCCGCGGCGUCGCUGGGUCUUAUCAUCUCCAUUAUCCAUUCAAUCGCCGUGACCGAACUCCUUAGAGGGCCUCUCGUCCAACAAGGCGCCAUCAAGCUCCUUCUCGUCGGCUGGGCUGCCGUCCCCGACACGGACGACGUUGCCAGACGGACUGCCGCGCAAGCACUCGCUCGAAUUCUCAUCAGCGUCAAUCCUGCCCUGGCCUUUGGGGGAAAUCGCUCCAUCCCGGCCAGCGCAGCCGUCCGACCUCUAGUCUCCAUCAUACUGCCCGACCCUGCUGCCGAGAGGCGCGAUCUGCUGCCCAGGUUUGAGGCACUCAUGGCGCUGACGAAUUUGGCUUCGCUGGAAGACGAGGAGACGCGCAGCAGCAUCGUUCGCCUGGCAUGGCCGCAUAUUGAAGAGCAACUCCUGUCAUCGAACCAUCUUGUUUCCAAGGCCGCAGUCGAGCUGGUUUGCAACCUGAUGCAAACCUCUCAAGGUGUCAUGCUCUAUGCGGACGGUAGCCAAAGAGCCCAAACGCGGCUACACAUCCUGUUGGCGCUGGCAGAUGCAGAGGACGAGGGCACACGGAGUGCGGCAGGCGGCGCUCUAGCCUCCCUCACCGGCUUCGAGUCGGUCGUCCGCUACGUGAUUCAGAGAGAAAAAGGUGUCAAGGUCAUUCUCGGAAUGUGCAACGAUGCGAACCCGGGCUUGAGGCACCGUGGCGUCGUCAACGUUCACAACAUGGUCAUGGCGGACGGUGAAGCGGGACAGCUGGCGCGUGACAAGUUGAAGGAUGAGAAUGGCGUGGACGUGUUGAAGGAUUGUCUGAAACAGAGUCGUCAGCCAGAGGUGCUGCAGCUCACUGUCGAGGCACUGAAGACGCUUCUUUGA